AUGGCCGCCAUCCUACCACCAACAGCAGCUACGAUAGCACACCUGAAACAGGCCUACCAUGCAUACCGGCAUACCAAAGAUAUAGAUCGUAAAGGGGCCUUCUUCUCUCCACAUUGCAUGCAGAUCUGUCGGCCUGAGCCUUCCUAUGCGGCCGCUACUCGCCAAGAGAUCGUGCAGUACCUCCGAGAUGCACAGCAAGGAAACACACCGAUCAAGGAGCGAUCAAAGGCUUCUACCGAGGCAUCGGACACCUUGAACAAAGACUCAAGUCUAUACACUAUUCGUCCCCUGGGUUCAUCCGAAUUCGAUUUUGGCACCGACGAGAUCACGAGAGCAAUCGGCUUGACAAUCCUGGAGCUCAAGCGGAAGGCCGUCCGCGAGGAAUGGGUUGGCAUGCGCGUCGAUUUGUGGGAUGAGGGAACGGAAAGCGACUUGUUGGUAAAAGUCCAGUACUGGUGGCGUUUCAAAGAACUCUCGGAUGGCGAGCGGAUCAUGGAUGAGAAGCAAUCCAUGGGAUGGAGGCAGUGCUUGCACGAUAUCAUGUACCUGGGCCCGAAGGAUGGCAGUCAAGGCGCGGAUAUGCUUGAGGUCAAUAAGUGA